CUGAUCAGGUGUAUGGAGACCAGGACAUGCAUGAAGUGGUCAGGAAACACUGUAUGGAUUACCUGAUGAAGAACGCAGAUUAUUUCUCCAGCUACGUGACAGAGGAUUUCACCACAUACAUUAACAGGAAGAGGAAAAACAAUUGCCACGGCAACCACAUCGAGAUGCAGGCCAUGGCCGAGAUGUAUAACAGACCGGUGGAGGUGUAUCAGUACAGCACAGAGCCAAUCAACACGUUCCACGGCAUCCACCAGAACAACGACGAGCCCAUCAGAGUGAGCUACCACCGCAAUAUUCACUACAACUCUGUGGUGAAUCCCAACAAGGCCACGAUCGGGGUCGGACUGGGACUGCCCGCCUUCAAACCAGGGCCCCCUCAGUACGCAGAGCAGUCUCUGAUGAAAUCGGCCAUCAAGACGUCGGAGGAGUCAUGGAUCGAGCAGCAGAUGUUGGAGGACAAGAAGAGAGCGACGGACUGGGAGGCUACAAACGAGGCCAUCGAGGAGCAGGUGGCCCGGGAGUCGUACCUGCAGUGGCUGCAGGACCAAGAGAAACAAGCCCGACAGCCUCGUAAGGCCAGCGCCACCUGCAGCUCGGCCACGGCAGCAGCUUCCAGCGGUCUGGACGAUUGGAGCGCCCGGUCGCCGCGGCAACGGGACUCGGACCCCUCCCACUCUGACCUCACGUCCAGCUCGUCGACCAACAACAAGCCGCCCUCUCCCGCUGGAGCCGCGCUCAUCCUGAGCAAACCCCCCUCCCCCUGCGCCCCAGGUCCCAGUAAUCAGAGUCGUCAUCAUCUGGAGUACAGAGCCAUAAUGCAGGAGAUGUCGCCUACAGCGUUUGGUUUGACGGACUGGGAGGAUGAUGAGAUUCUGGCGUCGGUGCUGGCCGUCUCUCAGCAGGAGUACCUGGACAGCAUGAAACACCAGAGCGCCGCCAUGCAUCGAGAGAGGGAGCCGUCACCUGACAGCAGCUGAUAGACAACUGACACACAACAACACACAGACGCGCACACACACACCAACACAACCAUGACCUUUGCCCCCUCCCUCUCGCCUCCACUAUCCCAGCCCCCUCUGCCCCCCCGGCUCUGACCCACUGAAGGAGAUCGACCAGGGAAAAAAUAAAACAUCAGACAAAUAAAUGCACACUUGUUUUUUUCUUUCAACUCAUCUGCUCAUCUCUCUCUCCAUUCUGUCGUCUCCUACUCCCUCCUUCCCUCGUUUCCUCCUCCCCUUUGUCCCAUAACACCUUGCUUCCAGCCAAUAGUGAUCCGACAUUUCCAAACAACCCACUCCACCCCCGCUCUUUGUUUUCCAGAGGGAGCUCGGUCUUACUGCUGAUUUCAGAUAAGUUCUGAUAUUUAAACAUCAUAUUUGGCAGCUUUCAACUUCACUUUUAACUUUUAUACUUUGUUUAGUUUUUCCGAAUUGUACUGAUGAUUCUGUCUGUAGCAGGAUAUUAGCGCUGGGCCAUUGGUCUCAAAUGAGGAAUGCUAAUCAGAAAUCAGAGCUUAAAAAACGAACCGCUCUGCAGGUGCAGCAGUGUCCCCUCUGCUAAGCUAGCAUGUAGUGUAAGUCUAGCUCCUUACGACAUCGCUGUUAGCAACAUUUAAAACUUUAUUCUCACUUCUCUCUUAGAGCCAACUAGCAGCCAUUUUGUGUGAGGAAUGCGAAUCCUGUAAAUCAUGACAGAAAAACCUGACCACUCCACAGGCACUGAGAGCGAUCACCUGAAGUCUUACUGCGUCAAUCGCUAAUUAGCUGUGUUGCUGUUAGCUGUCAAUAACUUUUCCUGCUCAUUCUUCUCAUAGUUGCGGUUGGUUAAAGUUUCAUGUCGUCCAAUGCUAACGAAGCUUGCUCUUCAUGUUGCAACUCUAUCUCUGGUAUCACUGCCAAGAAGCUACAUUGCAGUUAGCUUAGCGGUCAUGCGUCUAACAGCUCCCACCCAUUAUGUGAGAAAUGCUAAUAUUGCUAAUCCUAACUGACAAAGACAACUACAGAAUCUGUAUCGGUGUACUGUAGGCUACAGUAGCAUGCUCUCGAGCGAGCUAGCUGUCGCCUGAAGUUUUACUAUGUUUAGCUCCUUCUAAGCUCGUUCUGAGGACUUACACAAAGUGGCCACCAGUGGGCGCCAUGGGAAGGUUGAGAAUCGGCGGGAAGCUUAUGGCCGCACAGUUUUUUGUGUUAUCACUCGUUAACUAGUUCGUUAACUACUUUUAACAUUUCCCACUUUUUCUCAGUCUUUUCGUUCUGGCAGCCAUUUUGAGCGAGCAGGCUAUCACCUUGUGUCUUAUUAUAAUUUAUAGCUAGCUCCUGUAGUUCCCGGGUGUGCUACCCCCCCCCCUGAGACGCUGUAUUUCAGUUAGCAUACCCGCCAUCAUGUUCACAGCUGGCAGCCAUCUUGUUCGACCAACACACAUUUACUUUCCAUCGCUGUUUUAUAAAACACAACGGUCUGUAACACCUCCUCCCUCUCUCUCUCCUCCAUUAUGUCUUCCUCUCUCCAUCUCCAUCAUCAUCAUCAUCGGACUUAUUUAGCUGCAUGUUUAAUUGACCACGACCAAUAUCAUCAUAGAGAAAAGGCGACAAAUAAAAAAGGAGAGAAAAAAAUAGAGAAUUGUCAUACUUAUCCCCUUAAUGAUUAUUAUUGUUGUUAUUAUUAAUAAUAUAAGUUUGUUUUAUUUUAUUUUAUCAUUUGGGAUGAAAUACCUUUUUUUUCUUGGAAUAAAAAGAGGAAAAUGUUUCUGAAUGAAAAUGUUUGGGAGUUUUAUUCUGCAUACAAACGUCUCGUCUUUUCUGCCAUUUAACUUCUGUCCAUCUUUAAUCUGUAUCAUCAUCACUUCUUCCUCAUCUUUUAUUUCACUCCUCCUUCAUUCACUAUAUUUUCUCCCUCUCCUCUCUCACUUAUUCCUCCAUCUUCUGUCUAUUCUUCAUCUUCUUCUUCCUGUUCUGUCUCCUCCUCACUUUUCCUUCUUUUCAGAGCAGACGGAGAUAGGGAAGUGUUGUGAUGAUGUCAUCAGUGUCCUGCUCCAGGACGUCCUGGUUACAGUUCUGAGAAUAAAAAGUGGCAGAUAAAUAAAAACAGCAGAUACACUGAGAAAAGAUAAAGUUUUUAAUUCCACCGCAGGUCAUUUAAAGGGAAGCUGUGUAUGUUAUAUUGGGAGCUCUUCAGUUUCAGUUAAAUUGUCCAACAUGAGGAAAUUGUUUAACAAAGCAGAAGCACAAAUCUUUACAUGAAAUUACUCACAAUGAAACGUGACCCUUCGUUAAACGGGAGCGAUCUUUACAUCUUGCGCUGCUGUAAGAUGUUUAUUUCCCCAACACGCAUGUCACAGGGGAAUUCACAUGUUACUGCAACACAGGAUAUAAAGAUUUAAACAUAGUCACACACUUUCCACUUUAUUAGGCAGAAACAGUUCAGAUGAAUUGAAUCAUCUGUGUGAUUGUAACU